AUGAGCGUUCCCCGGCAGAGGUCGUCCUCGAGAGUCUCCAAUCGUUCCACCUCGUCUUCUCCCUCUCGCUAUCACCCCGUUCACUCGCGUACGAUCCCCGAUCCCCAGCACCUUACUACUUCAUCCGCAUCCAACACCCCUUCGUUGUUGGUUUCCCCUGGAAGUGCAGGCUCGCCAUAUUCCCCAAGCGCAUAUUCAAAUGCGUCAGGCCUAAGGCCAAGAGCGCAGACCGCUCAAAGCAGAUCGCCUCCAGGUUCCAUUCGUCGACAUCAUCAACAUCCGGCUGGUCAAAGGAUGGUCUCAAGUAAUCAGGCCAUGGAAAGUCAGCGCCAGCAGUAUAUCCCGGGCCCUCCACCACCCUCCAUGGCCCAAUCCGCUCAACCUCAUAUCAUGACUCUUCCGCCACCCCCUCCUCGUCCACAUCAUCAAGCUUCUACACCUGGUGUUCCACCUCCGCCUCCCGGCCCGCCGCCUGGUGCCCAUCCUCCAGGGACUGUCUUUGGUAUACCAGCAGGUUGGCAGCAGUCGUGGGGUCGACCCCAAGGCCUGCCUCCAGGAUUUCCUCCUCCACCGCCGAUGAAUAAUGCCAAUCAAGCACAGAACCAACAUCUGGCAUAUAUUGCUGGUCAGAUGCCCCAUGCACGUCAGCCUCCGAACCUCGCAAUCCCCCCGCCGCCACCAAUGGAGAAGCCACUUGUUUCAGCUACGUUCAUCCCUGGGGGAGACUCGUUCGGACCAGGAGUCGGUAUUCCUCCUUUCGAAGACUCUCAAUACUCAACUCACUGGAAUCAAUUCCAGUAUUCGGCACCCAACUCGGCCCAUUCGGACUCGAACACCCGAGAGCUCGGCCAUCCUCCAACGCCUUCAUCCACUAGAGCCCCUCCAUCCUUGCCCUUACGUGAGAAUACAGAUCCGAUCUCACCCGGACCGCCUACUGCUACAAGACUAAACCCUCAACCUCAUAGCUCAAGUCAAGGCAACGAAAUUUCAAAGCACGAGGGGUCUAUAAAGCGCCAAAAGACAAGUAGUACAUCAACGGCGAGUGGGUCUUCCCACGACAUUAGUGCCCAGUGGCCCGCUGAUCGAGUCUAUGCUUGGCUGGCUGCGAAUGGCUUUUCCAAGGAUUGGCAGGAAACCUUCCAGAACCUGAACAUCCAGAUGUCAGACUUCAUCGAGCUUGGUAGAAGUGGUGGCGGAGCUCCCAAAAUGCACCAGAUUGUGUUUCCACAGCUUGCUACAGUGUGCUCCAAGAACAAGACUGGUUGGGACCAGGGUCGAGAGCGCGAGGAGGGGAAGCGAAUGCGAAAGCUCAUACGUCGACUCGUCGAUAACGCUAAUAUCGAUGCCGGAUCAUCAGGUCUUGGUCAUCGACGAAGAGGGUCAUCGCAAGCCUUGCCAAGUGCUUCAACAGAUGGUAACGUGGAGAAUUCACCGAAUCUUCCUCGUCAUGACUUUACACCCACCCCAAGCACAGCAGGUGCGGAAGGGAGCCCUGGCAAGCAGAUGCCUGCUCAGAUGUCGGGACCAGGUCAUAAAAGCUCGUUCCAGACGCGAAGCAGUACUCUACCUGUGUUUAGCAAGAAUAGCAGUCAAAACUCCACCCCCAGCGAUCCAAGUCAUCCGGACAACAACAAUCACUCCCACGGCCGUACCAAAGACUCCCGGAAUGCUUUGAACCAUCUUGGUCCCCGUGGUAGGCACAGUCCGAAUGCUUCAGGUGAUGCGCCUCCUGCAGGUCUCGUAUCAAGAUAUCACGAUAUCAGCCCGCAAAGUGGAAGCCCCUCACUUGGACACACGGUGCCGACAUCUGCAGGGCCAACCAGCUCUUCCCCGCUUCCAAGAGCUGAACAACAUGCCAAAAGUAACAGCGCGGACUCAAUGUACAAAAAUGCUGGUUACAAUCGUGCGAAUUUACAUCCCCCAACCCUUAGCGAUCAGUCACGACAGUCACAAGUAAACGCAUCUGCAGAUGGUUCUAUGUCGACCAGAUUCUAUGAAAGCCGGCGCAAUGUUCAGGAACAGGGUCGGCCGUCGAUGGAAAGUGGCAGACAAAAUAGCAAUGAUACCACUUCCAACAACAAAGAGACUAACAAGGGCUUCUUGAGCAAAUUCAUGAAUCGGAGGCGGCAUGAUACACAUCCUUCACCGGAAGAGUCAUUUCUUGAAUCUCCUACUUCUCCGUACGUACCUCGUCCAUUACUUCCAUCCUUAUCUCUAUCGAAGCCCCAGCUGAAUGGAAGUGAUGCGUCUCUGGCGCAAAGGCCGCCUUCUGCCUCGAUCAUGUCCGAAGAGGAAAAGUCGAGCAUGCGUGGUAGAACAAAAACCACGUUGGGCAGGAAAUACGUCUUCGUUACGCCUGAUCGUUGGAAUUAUCGGCUCAUCGACAUCACAGACUAUGAGACGGCAAAUGCUCUGCGAAAGAUCAUUUGUCUAGAGCUCGGCGUUCAAGACCCGGAUUUUGCUCAAAUAUUCCUCACAGAGGCUGGUCAGGUUGAACACGAAGAAGCCUUGAACGACUCUACGCUUGUCUCUUUCAGUCGCAAACAUUCAGAUAAUCUAGGAUCACUGAAAUUCUACGUCCGUAGCCCCGCAACUUCAGCUGCGCUACCGUUUCCUGCCUCGGCUGGUUUGGGUCUCACUUUUGCUCAGCGCGCUCAUCCAUCGCCGCCUUUCUUAGGUCAAUUUAACCGUCGAGCGAUGGAUGAAGAUGAAUAUACUAAAUUGGUGGCGAAAGCCCAAGAUCUCGGAAUCCUUGGGUCGAAGGAUGAUUCAACGAAAGGACCCCUGAUAGAAUCCCCACCACCAAUGGUUCCGGGAACAAACCAGAAACAAGAUGAUUCGGAGCGUGAGGCCAUUAUCCGCAAAGCGGCAGCAGAGUUCAAGCGUGACGCUGAAAGAAAGCAAAAGGCGUAUCAGGAGUCCAGGCAGCAGACCAGAGAGUCAGGCAUUCGAGCAAGCACAGUGAUUGACUUCGACACCCCUCGAGAAUCUCCGUUUGAAGAUAAGAAGACUGACCUCAUACCUGUGCGAAAGCCACCUACUGCACCGUCAGAGUCGAAUACUUUGACAAAGGUCAAUUCUCUCAGUAAGAAGUCUGGGGAGAGGAUAAGGCCUCCAAGCACGGUAGACGCUCUCAAACGCAUCUCUGACCCAAUCGCAGAAGAGAUUUCAGAUCGAGGAAGAAGAAGAGCCAUUGGACCAACUCCAUCAGUUUCCCAAGGCAUAGGAGCAGCAUUGGCCAAUGUUGGCAAGAUGGUAGGAGCACCUGCCACGAUGGGGAAUUCUGGAGUGAGCGAUCAGGAUCCACCACAAAGGGCCUUGCAAUCGGUCGAUUUUGGUCAAAGGGGAAGCAGUCCAGGUUCGUCCCCGCGCGCCUUUACUUGGGGCAAGGGCAAUGUUAUGUUCAAAGUUCCUGACUAUGAUGAAGAUGGUUCUGGACUUCAGGAGAUUCCUCAGAUCAGCAUACCUCCGAACACUGCCGCGCAAAGGUUACGCAGACAAGACGCCUCGCCUGGCGUUAGUCCAGCAUCGGAACAUCCUUCUCGACCACCAAAUCCCUCAAAUCGCAAGUCAUAUGGUCCAGCUUUCGAUUUUGAGGAGGAGGAUAUUUCUUUCGAGAAAUCUCCCAUACCUCAAGAAGAUUCAGACGAUGACUCAGAUGAUGGUCUAUUCGCCAUACCUUUAGUAACCACAUCACUGUCAAAGUCGAGUAAUGAAAACGUCAAGGUAAGAAAACCAGCAUUAACGGUGAACACGGACUCGCGAACGAAAAAGUCCUGUUCUGUGGCUUUCCAGUCCCCAAGCACUGCUGGACCAUCCACAGCACCAACAAUUCGUACCCCUGAAACCGAUGGCGCUGGAUCAAGCGGUGGCCGUUCGUCAUUUGAGCGUCAGCUCUCUGAUACCAACACCAGCUAUUCUCCAGACGACAAAAUGUCGAGAAGAAAUUCUUUCGCCAGCGAGAUUUGGGCCAGUAGACCUCCAGUGGAGAAUGUUGUCGACCACCUUGACGAGUUCUUCCCGGGUGUUGAUCUCGAUCAGCCUUACCUCGAGGACGGUACUACUUCACCACAAUCGGCCGCCGAUCAAAGCAGCAAGGAUGGUCCGGCCCCGUCAUUGCGUGGUCGUGUCACAUACGGAACGGAAGGUCUGCCGCUACGGCUGAUGAAGAAUGAUUCUGAUACUCUGGGCUCUGAUGAGUCGACGUUGAAAGCUAAGGAUCGCGACAGCAUAGCCAGUGUCGCCCAACGGUCAUUGAGGAGAUCUGGUGGCCUUGGCCGUAUGAAGUCUAUUCGUGAGGUGGCAAAGGGUCGCAAUGAUCUUGUACGCAGCAGGUCUAGCGCCGCUCUCCAGAAACCAGCCGAAAGUACUGGUAUUGUUCGACGUAAGAGUACCAAAAUGUUUGGUGCAACCAUUGUUCAGAUCAGACCGAAACCGGGAAAUCGGCUUAGCACCCUCGAUCCUAUACCUCAAGAAGAAGUCCCGCAAGAGAACACACCAAAACGACAAGCGACAUUCAAGAUCAUCCGUGGCCAGCUGAUUGGCAAAGGAACGUACGGACGUGUGUACUUGGGUAUGAACGCUACCACUGGUGAGUUUCUGGCGGUGAAGCAGGUUGAAGUCAAUCAAGCAGCUCUGCACGACAAGGAACGAGUCAAAGAAAUGGUGGCUGCUUUGGAUCAAGAGAUUGAUACCAUGCAACAUCUCGAGCAUGCCAACAUCGUCCAAUAUCUUGGUUGCGAGCGAAAGGAAUUCUCCAUCUCCAUCUACCUGGAAUAUAUUGCUGGUGGGUCUGUCGGCAGCUGUCUGCGAAAGCAUGGCAAAUUCGAGGAAAGUGUGGUGAAAUCCUUGACCCGUCAAACCUUGGAAGGUCUGGCCUAUCUCCACCGAGAAGGCAUUCUGCAUCGAGACUUGAAAGCUGACAACAUUCUUCUUGACCUGGAUGGAACCUGCAAGAUCUCGGAUUUUGGCAUCUCCAAGAAGACCGACAAUAUUUAUGGCAACGAUGUUACCAACAGCAUGCAAGGUUCAGUCUUCUGGAUGGCACCUGAAGUCGUCCGUGCUCAAGGUGAAGGCUACAGUGCCAAGGUUGAUAUAUGGUCACUUGGUUGCGUCGUUCUGGAAAUGUUUGCUGGUCGACGUCCAUGGAGCAGAGAAGAAGCCAUCGGAGCAAUUUUCAAACUCGGAAGCCUAAACCAAGCGCCACCUAUUCCAGACGAUGUUCGAGCAACUGCUUCGGUUGACGGCUUGAACUUUAUGUAUGAUUGUUUUCAAGUUACGCCGUCUGACAGGCCAACUGCUGAGACUCUUUUACGACAUUCGACAUUCUGUAUACCAGAUCCAUACUAUAAUUUCUACGAUACUGUCCUUGCCGCCAAAUUACGUACGGCUGAUGCUGGUACUUCUAAUGUUGAAUAA